AUGGCGGCCACCGGUGGUUGUGUUGUUUUUUCCACGGUGGUCCGCUCCUCCCAACUAACACCGUCACCAAAUUUCAAACUGAAUCCGAGUCAAAGGCGAUUUGCUGUUUCCAGCGAGAGUCAGUUUGCGACGACAGUUAGAACUGAUACGAAAAGAACGACUAGUUUUAGAGAGAAUGGGAUUUUCAAAGAUAAACACAAAGAAGAAGCGAUAGAGAGAGUAACGGAAAAUAAGCAAAAAAAUCCAUACCUGCUGGAGUUGGAGAGGAAUGAAAGUGAAGAAAAUAGGAGUAGAAAGAAUCUUAAGGAUUACUUUGACGAGUCAAAGAAUCUGAUCAGAUCAGACGGUGGUCGUGGUCCGCCUAGAUGGUUCUCUCCGUUAUACUGUGGGUCCCGCUUGGACGAUUCUCCUCUCCUCCUCUAUUUGCCUGGAAUCGAUGGUGUCGGGCUAGGGCUUAUUAUGCAUCAUCAAAGCCUUGGAAAGAUUUUCGACUUAUGGUGCUUGCAUAUUCCAGUCAAGGAUAGAACAUCAUUCACCGGCCUAGUGAAGUUGGUAGAACAAACAGUUAGAUCAGAGAACUACCGUUCACCUAAUAGACCCAUAUAUCUUCUCGGAGAAUCUCUUGGAGCAUGCCUUGCACUAGCUGUUGCAGCUCGUAACCCUGAUAUUGAUGUUGUACUUAUUUUGGCCAAUCCAGGAACGUCUUUUGAGAAAUCACGAUUGCAACCUCUCAUACCUCUAUUGGAAAUAAUACCCCUUCAAUACCAGCUUAGCCUUUCUUAUAUGCUGAGCUCCAUGACAGGUGAUCCUUUGAGGAUGGCAAUGGACAAGGUAGUGAAGGGACUUCCUCUACAACAAACAGCUGAAGGAUUAUCAAAAGAUGCUUUUGCAAUGUCAUCAUAUGUAGAUGUUCUAGCUAAUAUCUUACCCAAAGAAACGCUUCUGUGGAAGCUAGAGAUGCUUAAAUCCGCUUCAGCAUUUGCCAAUUCACGCCUCCAUGCCGUGAAAGCUCAAACACUGCUACUUACCAGUGGGAGGGAUCAGUUACUACCAAGUGAAGAUGAAGGCAAAAGACUUCUCCAUGCACUUCGAAAAUGUGAAAUUCGUAGGUUUAAUGACAAUGGUCAUUACCUAUUCUUGGAAGAUGGUGUUGAUUUGGUGAGUGUCAUCAAAGGUGCUAGUUUCUAUCGCCGCGGUAAAUGCCAUGACUACGUUUCUGAUUAUAUACCUCCAGCCCCUUCUGAAGUCAAAAAAAUGUGGGAAUCAAACAGGUUGUUUAUGCUUACUACCAGCCCUGUAAUGCUUUCAACUUUAGAAGACGGGAAGAUUGUGAAGGGCUUUGCAGGAAUUCCUUCGGAGGGACCAGUCUUGUUCAUUGGUUAUCACAUGCUAUUGGGAACUGAAUUGGUGCCAAUGGUAAUGAACCUUUUGUUGGAAAGAAAUAUUCUUAUGAGAGGGGUAGCACAUCCAAUGAUGUUUACGAGAAAGAAAGAAGGGAAGUUACCUGAAUUAUCAAGUUUUGACUCAUACAGAAUAAUGGGUGCAGCUCCUGUUUCCGGAACCAAUCUCUACAAACUUCUUUCUUCAAAGGCCCAUGUGCUAUUGUACCCAGGAGGCCUGCGUGAGGCCUGUCAUCGAAAGGGUGAACAAUACAAGUUAAUCUGGCCAGAGCAAUCUGAGUUUGUUAGAAUGGCAUCAAGGUUUGGAGCAAAAAUUAUACCAUUUGGUGUUGUUGGUGAAGAUGAUUUUGGUGAAGUAGUUUUUGAUUAUGAUGAUCAAAUGAAGAUUCCUUUCCUUAGGGAUCUUAUUAAAGAACUGUCAGAGGAGGCUGACACAGUGAGGUCUGGAUUGAAUUCUGAGGUAAACCAAGAUAUUCAUUCUCCAGUAAUCCUACCAAAAUUUCCAGGCAGAUUUUAUUACUAUUUUGGGAAACCAAUUGAAACAGAAGGAAGGAUGCAUGAAUUAAGAGACAAGGACAAAGCGCAUGAGUUAUACCUACAAGUCAAGUCUGAGGUGGAGAAAUGCAUUGCUUUUUUGCAGGAUAAAAGAGAAAGUGAUCCUUACAGAAAUAUAUUAGCUCGGCUAGCCUACCAGUCCACGCAUGGGUUUGAUUCCGAAGUUCCAACAUUCGAACUUUGA